GCUUCUUCGUGUGAGAAAGUCUCCGUUCAGUUCCUCGUUGUGCCGCCAGUUUAUCCAAAUAACGCUUGUUUGAACAUUUGCUCCGACGAAGUCCAGACCGGCCGCACCUGCAGCGGAGCGGCGGAGCAGCCCAGCCGGUCUGCUGAGGUGAUCUGCGGUCAAAGCUUCGCCGUCAUACCGGUAGAAGAACACGAGCCGAUUGAUUCACCUGCAGCUUGUUGGAGAUUACACGUGGGCUGGAUAGCUUCGUGUUGUAAGAUAAAUGAGCAACUAAAAGGGCCUUAACAUCAUGGAGGAAUUGGAUGAUGUUACUGUUUCAGUUCUAAAUGCUGCCAGCAUAGAUGAGGCCUUACUCCACACCCUCAGUCGGGAUGAUUUAAGAGACCUUUUUCCUGGGCCAGAGAACUUUCUCAGGAGGAAACAACUGUGGACUCUUAUUAGCCAAGAGGAUGAGAAUGCCACUUUACCAGACAAAGCUGGCCCAGGUGAAACAGUAACUGUGUCAUCACUUCAAGGAUCACCUSCAGUAUCCCCCCACACAUCCACUCCUGUGUUGAAGAAAACCCCAAAGAAAACCCUAMAGCUUCCUAGUCCUCCAGAAUAUGUGAUCUACACAGACACUGAGUUGGAACCAGCUCGUAAGCACCAUUUUGAGAUGGCCUGCACUGGUAGAGAGGGGGAAUCUGCCAUGUCCAAAGAGCUGAGAUGCAGGCUGGUGAGGAACACUGUUACCAGCAUGAUUUCAAUCUUGAGAGCAAGUCACCAAGGAGAGGAGCUCCGGUACCCUUCAGAGCAUGAGGUCACCGCAAUGGCUAAGAGACUAGUGGAGUAUUAUCCCAUGCUACAGGAUAAAGAUGAACCCAUCAAACAUCGGACAAAGAUAGUCUGGCAGCACAGGCCARGCAUUACAAGACUCUGCAGGAGAUGUACAAGAAACCAAAACCCAACCAAGAGGCUGUCUGCCAGAUCCUUGACCUUGAGUUUCAAUCAAGAAGAGCCUUCAUUGACAGUGGCAUUCUGAAAGAAGAGGACAGACCAGCAAAGAUUUUUGAGGCAUAUCCAUGUUUCAAAGAKUGU